AUGCCCUCCACUUCGACACUGUAUGGCGGCUCAGGGGGGAAAGUGUUGGUGGAAAGCUCUCAGGCUGACGGGAAGACGUAUGAGCAGCUGAGGCAGGAGUGUCUGCAGAGGAAGAAACUGUUCGAGGAUCCGGACUUCCCUGCCUGCGACUCAUCGCUCUUCUUCAGUCAGAGCGUGCCCGUCAACUUCGAAUGGAAGAGACCAGGGGAAAUCUGCAAAGACCCCAAAUUCAUUCUUGGAGGAGCUGACAGAACUGACAUAUGUCAAGGACAACUGGGAGACUGCUGGCUGUUAGCGGCGAUCGCCUCUCUGACGAUGAACAAAGAGGUGCUGGCGAGGGUCGUACCUCCAGACCAGAGCUUUGAUCACGGCUAUGCCGGCAUCUUUCACUUCCAGUUCUGGCAGCAUAACCACUGGCUGGACGUGGUUGUGGACGACAGGUUGCCAUGUGUGAGGAACAAGCUGGUGUUCCUUCAUUCUGCUGACAACAAUGAGUUCUGGAGCGCUUUGCUGGAGAAGGCCUACGCCAAACUGAAUGGCAGUUAUGAAGCUCUGAAGGGAGGCGCUACUCUGGAGGCUUUGGAGGACUUCACCGGCGGCGUGGGUGAGAUGUAUGAGACGAAGAAAGCCCCGGCUGACCUUUACACCAUCCUGAAGAAGGCUCUAGAUCGAGGCUCCAUGAUGGGCUGCUCCAUAGACAUCACCAGCUCGGCUGAGUCGGAGGCUCAGACUGCGACAGGUCUGGUCAAAGGUCACGCCUACUCCAUCACUGGCUUGGAGGAGGUGAACUACAGAGGGGGGAAGGUCAGGCUGAUCCGGGUCAGAAACCCCUGGGGUCAGGUAGAGUGGAACGGCCCGUGGAGCGACAAUUCCAGAGAGUGGAGUAUGGUGGAUAAAGCAGUGAAGACCAGAGUACUUGAAAACGCUACCGAUGAUGGAGAAUUCUGGAUGGAGUUUGAGGACUUUAAGGCGAACUACGACCGAGUGGAGAUCUGUAACCUCACUCCAGACUCCCUGACGGAUGACACCAAGAAGAAAUGGGACACCAACAUGCUGGAGGGCAGCUGGAUCAGGGGCUCCACCGCUGGAGGCUGCAGGAACUUCAUCGACACAUUCUGGACGAACCCCCAGUUUAAGCUGAAGCUGGAGGACGCUGAUGGUGAUGGUCAAUGCAGCGUCAUCGUGGCCCUCAUGCAGAAGAACCGACGCAAACUCCGCAAAGAGGGGCUCGACCUGGAGACCAUCGGAUUCGCUGUUUAUGAGGCCCCUAAAGACGAGGACCACCUGGCUAAGGAUUUUUUCCGCUUUAACCCGUCUAAAGCGCGAAGCCACACCUACAUUAACAUGCGCGAGGUUUCAGAGCGCUUCUCUCUACCCCCCGGGAGCUACCUGCUGGUGCCCACCACCUUCCAGCCUCACAAAGAAGCUGACUUCGCAGUGCGCAUCUUCUCCGAGAGCAAAGCUAAAGCCAUUGAGAUGGGGACCACUGUUGACGCUGACCUGCCUGACCCCCCCAUGCCCAGUCCUCCAGAGGAGGAAACUGCAGAGGAAAAGGGCCUCAGGCAGCUUUUCGAACAGGUCGCUGGCUCGGAUCAGGCCAUCAGCGCUUAUGAGCUGAAGGACGUCCUGAACGGAGUGCUGAGCAGGAGGAAAGAGAUUAAGUUUGAUGGAGUGAGCCUGAACACCUGCCACAGUAUCAUCAACAUGAUGGAUGUUGAUAACUCAGGCAUGAUCGAGUUCCAGGAGUUUAAAGUCUUCUGGGAAAAGCUGAAGAAAUGGAUGAUGCUGUUCCUGUCCUUUGAUACAGACCGCAGUGGCCGCAUGUCCUCCUACGAGCUCCGCAGUGCUCUGAAAGCAGCAGGGAUGCAGCUGAAUAAUAAACUGCUGCAGCUGAUCGCUCUGAGGUUUGCAGACGAGAACUACGAGAUUGACUUCGAUGAUUACCUCACCUGCAUCGUCCGCCUGGAGAACAUGUUCCGGGUUUUCAAAGCCUUUGACACGCGCAACACAGGAGAAAUCACCUUGAACUUUCAACAGUUUCUGCUCCUGUCCAUGAACGUCUGAAGGAGAGAAGAAAACCCCAGCAAGAAGAACAAAAGAUGAACAGUUUAGGUCAAUUGGCGCACAGUCUGAACUCAUAUGUUGCUUAAAGACCAACUUUGUGUUAUGCAACAGUUUCCCGAGCACAGGCUCCUCCUAACCCAAAACUAAAGUGAGAUUUAAAAAGGGAGUCAAACUGAGCUCACAUUUAGUCCAGUCCUUUAGUCACUGCACGUUUUUUCCAUACCCAGAAAACUAUUUCUACACAUUAGGCUGUUUACACUCAUUGCUUUAGUUUGAUCUGUUCAGGGUGUGAUGUCUGUUUUUUCAUACUGUGGUUAUUGUUUUACAGAUUGAUACUGAUUUAUUUUUUUCCCCACAUUUUGAGUUGGUCUGUGUUGAAUAAAACAGUGUAUUUGAUUUGUC